GUUUCUUUGGUUUUUUGUUCUUUUCUCAAGCAUUGUUUUUGUUGAUACCAUGUUGCAAGUUGGGUUGAAGAGGCACAUCUCUGAGGUUGAUUAUGACUCCAGCAUUAGUCCUCCUUUGAAAAAAUCAAAAACUAUCAACUCCAAUUCUCCCAGUGAGCUAGAUAGAUUAGAUAGACUCGACACCAUGGAUAAACCCCUUCAGAUCGUUAAAGUAGAUAAAAUCGAUGAGAAAUUGAAGUUUUCCUCUGUUCUAAUGGAGAACUAUAUAAAAAAUAUCAUGAAAGAAGUUGAAAAAAAGAAUUUCCAAGAUCUAAUGGAACUUUCGUCUAAAAUAUCAAAACCACUAACUAAUACUGACGCCAUUAGUAAUUUAAACUUAUCUAUCAUCCUAAGAAAAAUCUCUUUGCAGAUAUCUAAAUUGGACAACUUGAACUCAAACACUUUUAUUUAUUCUGUGUUGAAAUUAUCUUCAAGAUUCUCAAAAUAUAAUGAUUACUUAACCAAUGAUAAUAAUAAUAGUAAUAACAUCAAUAACAUCAAUAAAAUUGACAACAUUGACGACAGUCCCAACGGCAAAGAAUUUUAUGAUCUCAAUCAAUUGAAAUCAACCUGGAUCAAUUUUUUAAUUGUCUUAAUCAGUGGAAUUCCCAAAUGGUUUAGUGAAAUAGUGUCUUAUUUGAUUGGUGAUUUUACAAAUUUCAAUUUAAUCAUCACUAGAAACAUUCAUCAUAUAAUUUUAAAAAAAAUUAUUGAAAUAAUGCCAAUCCAAAUUAAUAAUUUAUCUUCAAUUAUAAUUAAAAAUUUUCCCAACAAAUUUACAAAACUAAAAUCCUAUUUAAACUAUUUAAACAAUGUUUUAUUCAUAAUAAAUUACCAAAAUGAUUUAACCUUUCCAAUCUAUAAAACUAUAAUCCAAAAUAUACUAAUACUAGAUGUCGAAUUACAAAAUUAUUUAGACGAAAUAGAUAUUGAUUCAUUAGAUGAAUCAUUAGAUGAUCUCUUGGAAGAUUACGCUCAAGACAAACUUCAAGAAAAUAAUCCAAAUACCACAAAAAAAGUGCAUUUCGAUGAUCCUAACAAUAACAAUGAUAAUGAUGAUCAGGACUCUGACGAUUCUAAUGAUGAUAAUGAUGAUGAUAAUGAAAACCAACCAUACAGCGAAAACUAUGGCUAUGGCAAUAACGAUUCUGAUUUAGAGGAAUAUGAUCCGAAUCCAUCAUUUUCAUUAGAUAAUUUAGAAAUAGUCAAAGAAAAAAUUGAUAAAUUAGAUUCAAUAAUGUUGAUCAUCUUUAAAAGCUUAAAUGGUUUAUUUAAAAACAAUACCACUCAUACUUAUACAGAUCAUGGCUUAAAUCACUAUGAUUUAGAAAACCAAAAUAUUCAAAAUGAAAAUAACUGGUUGUCAUUAAUAUCCAUAUUUAAAUCUCACAUUAUUAGAACUAAUAACACAAAAAUUAUUCAAUAUAUUUUAUUUUUCAUUUCUCAGAAAAAUCCUCAGUUGAUUGACUCGUUUUUGAUUUCAUUAAUAGAUAUCUCAUUUUCAAAUAACGAGAUCCUUGAUAAUAAGAUUAAAUCUAUUCAAUAUUUAUCUUCUUACCUUGCCAGAGCUAAGUUAGUUAACAAGGAACAAAUCUUAUUUAUCAUAAGCUAUUUAAUGGAAUGGAUUAACAAAUACGUUCAAGAAAGAGAAAUUGAAGUAGACGAUACUGACGCUAAUCAAGGUAUGGAUAGAUUCAAACUAUUCUAUGCUGUCUUUCAAUCAAUUUUGUAUAUAUUUUGUUUUAGAUUUCCCUUAUUACGUAAAGUUAAUUUUAAUAAUAGCAGUAAGAACAAUAACAUUCAUCAUGACAAUAGUAUUGUUGAUAAUAAUAAAAGUACCAGUAAGAUUAUUGAUUCAAAUAUAGAAAAUAGUGUUUGGGAAAUGGAUUUAGACAAGUUUUUUCAAAAUAUGAUAAUGACAAAAUUUAAUCCUUUGAAAUUUUGCAAUGAAACUGUUGUUAUGAUGUUUGCUAAAAUAUCGUUUCAAGAAAACGUUUGCUAUUGUUUUUCAAUAAUUGAGCAAAAUAAAAGAGAUUUAAUUACUGGCCCCUUUAAAAAAAAUACUUUGUUAAAAUUUUCAAAUGAUCAUCUCAGUGAUUUAAAUAACGACAGCCAAUCUAAUAGUCAAUCAGGUACCCAAUAUAAUAAUCAAAUUGAAGAUAAUAAAAAAAACAUAUUAUUUUAUUCUAAACAGGAAUUUUUAGACUUGGUUGCUUAUUUUCCAUUUGACCCUAUACCUUUGAAAGAAAGCAAAAAAAUGAUUCAAGAUGAAUAUAUAGAGUGGGAACAAAUAUCAAAAUACUACAGCGAUGAAACUGAAAGUGAUUAAUGAACCCUGACCAGUCAUUUUGAUAUAAUCAAUUUUUUUGCUCUUGAUUUAUUUUCUUUUUACUUUUUAGUUUAUUUAUGUUUUACAUUUUUAUAUUUUCAUAUUUUCAUAUUUUCAUAACUUCAUAUUUUUAUAUGCUUAACAUUCUUCUUGAUUUUUCCUUAAUCAAUC